AUGCUUCUCAUAUCACACGCUGACCAAUAUAUUGGCCAAUGCAUUGUAUCCCAUCUAGUCCAACACAAACCUCUACGUAAAAAUAUCCGUAUCCUUUGCCAAGACAAGACACAAUGCACUCAUCUAGAGAAAAAGGGUAUUGAUGUUAGACAGGUUGACUAUCAACAUCCCAACCAACUUUCCUUAGCCAUGCGAAAGAUUGACUGUCUCUUGCUGUCGGUCGGAAAUGAGUCCAAUCGAGUCGAAAACUGCAAAAAGCUAUGCCAAUCAGCUGUAAAAUCAGGUGUAAAGUCUAUUGUUCUAAUUUCACACAUCGGAGCACUUUCCUUGACCCACGAAGGGCUGUGUGACUAUGGCCUUAUCGAAGAAGAAGUGUUUAACGCCUCCUGCCAAUUCACUAUUCUAAGGUUGGACUGGAUAAUACAGUAUUUUCAUCUCUGGGCUCCAUUUGUGGAAAGGUUCCGUUACUUUCCUCUGCCAAUAUCAGCCGAAGUAGAGAUGUGUCCCAUCGAUAUAAAAGACGUGUGUGAGGUUGUUGAAUCAUUGGUUGUAGACAAGGAUACUAGCACAUUACUAUCUAAUAUUCCUGAAAACUACGGAGGCCAAAUAUACAUUCUGUCAGGACCGGACUCUUUAAAUGGUCAACAAAUCGCAAAUAUUAUGGCUGAAGCAACUGGAUACAAACCUCUUUCCUACCGAAAUAGUCGUGCUAUGGACAUAAGUCAUUAUCUCAAAACUAUGAGUAACGACAUCUGGUUCGACGCAAGGUUAAAACAGGAGCGUAAUCAGGCUUAUCAUUCUGCAUUGGAAAGCUACGACUAUGCCUCUAGAGCAUUUGCCGCUCCUUCAGCAAGUUUAAUUCAAGAAUUUAUCGACUAUUUUGACUGGAUUAGCAAAACUGCUAGUAGUGUGUGCGUCCCACAUGCUGCAGUGAUCAGAUCACAUACUUCUCGGUCAGUAGAAGAUUUUUUCAAAGAGUAUGCCAAUAGCUUUAAGCCUAGAGUAUAA